AUGGUUUCGCCAACAAAGCGUAAAUCGCUGCAUCACACUGAUUCCAGAAGUAAGAAAUCCCGAUCCUGGAAAUCCGAACGGCCACUUCCGCCUCGACAGGACGACUGUCUACCUAUCCAAAGAAAGACGCGCCCGAUCCCCUUGGACCAGUACCUCAAACGACGACGGACGCACGACGAGUCUAAAGAGGUUCUGGCUCCACGAACUCCCUCUCCGACUCCUCGAGCUCCAUCUCCGGAUCCACGAACUCCCUCUCCAACUCCUCGAGCUCCAUCUCCGGAUCCACGGACUCCGUCUCCGACUCUCUUCAAGAGGCCCAGUACACCGCGGACACCUUCGCCCGUUCCCAUCUGUGGGACACCAAAGCGUUCCAGGCCUCUCACUCCACGAGCCGUCCUGUCCCCAUCAGACUACGUGGAGAAUAUUCCACCUAGGACCUUCCGUAGUCUGAUGACACAAACCGUACCGACACUCUGCGACUUCGGUACCCAAACAGAUCCGAUCCUUCUGCCGAGGUUUCCCACUUCCGUCCCGCUGGUCAGUAAGCGCGACGCCUUUACGCAGACCAAAAAGCGCGGUGGCCAGGCUCGAAAUAGCCAACACUUUCCGUACACUCCUCGACGUAUAUAA